CAAAGUGAGAACGACGAAAACGAUGCUGCUGGUGCCUUUACUGCUUUUGUGCGCCGCUCGGUGCACGCUUGGACAAGUGGGCGACUUCGAACAAGGAGACUAUGUUGAUGCCGACUUGGAUGACUUGGAUUUGGACAUCGCACCUCGCAGAGUUCCACGACAGGUGAAAAACACCCUCAUGAAGGAGACGAGGCCUCACAUCCAGGAGCUGUCUGUCAACACCACCGUCAUCUCCCGCUACGCCUUCACAACGGUGCGCUGCGUCUUGCUCAAUCGGCACGCCGCCGCCGGCGAGGGCGUCUUCCACUUUCCCGUGCCGGCCGGCGCGUUCGUCUCCAACUUCACCAUGAUCAUCGCGGGGCGGGUCUACCAGAGCCAGGUCGGGCCGAAGGAGAGGCGGAGGGUCAAGCAACCAGACGGCAAAGCUCGGUACAAAGAGUCAGGUGACACAAGUUCCGCGUUGGAGGUGGAGGUAUUCCGAAUGGCGGCCAGCAUUCCGGGAGGGAACCGGGCCGUCUUCCUGCUCACGUACGAGGAGCUGCUGCGGCGCCGGCUGGGCCGCUACGAGCACGUGACCAGCCUGCGGCCGUUGCAGCUGGUGAGCCGUCUCAGGGUGGACGUCACCAUCGUGGACCACUCGGCCAUCACCGCUCUGGAGGUCCUCCCUCUCCGGCGGAGCAGCGGGCCCAACCCGGCCAGAACGCCAGCCAAGACCGAGCCCCCCGUCACCACGACGGUCCGAAGGGAGAAGAACGUCUGCAAGAUCACCUUCAGCCCCAACAUUGUCCAGCAGGCCAUGAUCACCACCAACGGUAUCCUGGGAGAUUUUGUGAUCCGCUACGACGUCCAGAGGCAUAUGGGCAUCGGUGACGUGCAGGUUCAAAAUGGCUAUUUUGUCCACUACUUCGCACCCAAAGACCUACCGGCGGUGCCCAAGAACGUCGUGUUUGUGAUCGACACCAGCGCCUCCAUGCUGGGCACCAAGAUGAGACAGACGAAAGACGCCUUAUUCACCAUCCUGAGGGACCUGCGGGCCAUCGAUCACUUCAACUUCGUCAGCUUCUCCAACAAAAUCAGAGUGUGGCGUCCGAGUGGCCUCGUGCCCGUCACGCCGAUCAACAUCCGAGAUGCCAAGAAGUUUAUCUACACGCUCAUGCCCACUGGAGGCACCAACAUCGACGGCGCCAUCCAGAGUGGCUCGGCCCUGCUCCGCGACUACCUGUCGGGUGCCCACGCCGGCGCCAACAGCGUCUCGCUCGUCAUCUUCCUGACGGACGGCCGGCCCACGGUCGGGGAGUCGCAGUCGCCGGCCAUCCUGGGAAACACCCGCUCGGCCGUGCUGGAUAAGUUCUGCGUCUUCACCAUCGGCAUCGGCAACGACGUGGACUACAAGCUUUUGGAGCGCAUGUCUAUGGAGAACUGCGGCACGAUGAGGCGGAUCCGCGAGGAAGCCGACGCCAGCGCCAUGCUCAAAGGGUUCUACGAGGAGAUCGGCACCCCGCUGCUGUCCGACAUCAGGAUCAACUACACGGCAGGCUCUAUGGACCACGUGACGCAGCACCUCUUCGCCAACUACUUCAACGGCUCCGAGAUGGUCGUCGCCGGCAAGCUGGGCAACCUGAGCUCCGAGUCGCUCCGCGUUCAGGUCACGGCCAGCAACAACGACAGGACGGUCGUCCUGGAGAGGGACGUGUCGCUCCGGCGCCGGGAGUCUGAGACGGAGAAGCGCGUGAAGGCGGCGGGGUCGGGAAUUCCCGGAUCAGGGGACGCUUUCAGUUGGCCGGCGGCGGACUUCGUGGAGCGCUUGUGGGGAUUCCUGACGGUCAAGGAGGAGCUUCGGUCACGUCUGCGCAGCCGAACCAGCAAGGAGAGGCAAGAGCACAUCCGGCGGGCCACCGACCUCUCCCUGGCGUACCACUUCCUCACCCCGCUCACCGGCAUGCUGGUGGACGAGCCCGAGGUCUUGGCAGACGGCAUCGCGACGCCGACGCUCUCCGUCGGCGAGCGUGCAUCGGCGGCGGCCAACGAGGUGCCGGAUGAUGAAGACGACGGAAUGUUACGCAGGGAAGUUGACAGACAGAGUUUAACGCUCAGCAACAACAGGAGAGGUCGAGUUGAGAGGAGACCCACCAAGAAGUCUGUCACCAUCUCCAAAACAUCAGCGGACGGCGACCCUCACUUUGUGGUGGACUUCUCUCUCAGCAAGAUGGCCGUCUGCUUCAACAUCAACGGCGAGCCCGGUCACGUCCUCCGCCUGGUUUCCGAUCACAAAUUCUCCGGCGUGACGGUGAACGGCAAGCUCAUCGGCGCUCCGCCCCCGCCGGGCAGCCGCAAGCGUCUGCGCACGUACUUCAGCAGCAUCACCGUGGUGGUGGACCGCCCCCGCCGCGCCUACAUAGAGGUGACGCCCACCAAGGUCAUCCUGGACGGGCUGGACCGCCUGGUGCUGCCGUGCCACUCGACCGCCUCGGUGGAGAGCGGCGCGCUGUCGGUGGCGAUCGUCGGCGGCUCCAACGUGACCGUGAGCGUCGGCGCCAACGUCACUUUCGUCGUCCUGCUGCAUCGCUACAAGAACCCCGCGCCCUACCAGAGAGACCACCUGGGCUUCUACAUCCAAGACAGCGAGGGGCUCUCGCCGAGCUGCCAUGGCCUGCUGGGCCAGUUCCUGCAUGAGGAGGUGGGCGUGGUGGAAGGAGAUCCAAGUGAGAAUCCCUCGUCCGCGCUCCUCAAGGUGAGGGGCCGCUCGGUGCCGGUGGUCCGCAAGAGCCGGCGCAUCUACGGCGGCGCCCGGAGCGUGGAGUGCUGGUUCGCGAGGAACAACGGCGCCAAACUCCUCGACGGACGCUACGAGGACUACGUGGCGACGCACAUGUUCGACACAGGUGAGGGGCAGCACGGCAGCAACGCAGCGUGAGGCCCCCCCACCCUUUCCCGCCAGACCGCCUCGGUCCAGGUACUCUUUACUUUUGGAAACGAGCUUUGGAUACCCUAGCAGAAAAUGCACACCGGGGUUUUUGUGGUAUCCUUUAGCAUUUUGGGAAAACUGCGUACACUGAUUCUCAGCAAAAGUUUCCAAGUGUCUUCGCUUCUUAUCUAUUUCUAUUGGACAUUUUUGUACUGUAAUCAUUUUACCGUUAUUUGUUAUGCUGUGUAAAUAAAAUGUUUAGAGUGGCGGUUCUCAACUGUUGUCAAAAUAAAUAAAUAAGGACAUUUCUAGGUGAUAUAACUAUGAUAAUUACUGUAAAUAUUUUGAUUUAAAAAAAAAACAUAAAAC